AUGGCGUGGCUCAAAACUCAAGCAGCUAUUGCGCUGUUAGGCACAUCGACUCUCCUCGUACUGGGCCACGGCGACGACCACAUGGAUAUGGGGGAGACUUCCAGUACUCCAUCACCAUCUCCAAUACUCGACCCUAAUCGAAACUAUGACCUUUGGGACAAACCGAGCUAUGUCGGUCUCGAGGCGCAUACUGGAUUGAUGGCGGCUCACAUCGGUUUCAUGGUAGCAGCAUGGUUUUUCAUACUACCAAUAGGGGUUAUGCUCAGUAUUGCUCGAUCGAAGUUCGCGCUUCCUACACAGUUCCUCUUCCUCCUCCUCAACGGGUUUGGUGUUGUGGUUGGAACAAUCUACAACAUAAACACUCCAGAUCUAUACGAGAACAACGCUCAUCAUAAGAUUGGAUGGAUAGCAACAUGGAUUGUUACUGCUCAAGUCCUCAUGAGUCUUCUUUUCGUAUAUUCUGGUCGCAGCAAGCAAGAGGACGUUGUACAAAGUGAACGCGUUGCAUUUUUACCCGCAUCGCUCCAGUCCUUCGACCGACCCUUCCACCAGUAUCGAUGGUCCGGCGAUAGUGGACACGGUACAGAGCCUCCGUCUCCAGGAUCGUCCCGCACUAUGUCUCCGAACAGAGACUAUGGCUACAGGAAACCGGAGACCGAAGAGCCCGAAGACAUGGAAGAGGUUCCUAUUGCGGACCGUAGUACAAGACCGUCUUGGUUUGCAAACACCAACAUUGGCAGAUAUUUGUCAUCACGCGUUCCACAAGUCAUGUCGCAGAAACUGCUCAAGGCUGCCGAGGUUGCCUGCGAAGUCAUAGAUCGGGCCGUGCUGAUUCUUGGCUUCAUUGCCUUGACUACAGGCAUUGUCACCUAUACUGGCAUUGGCCGAGCAAACAACGUCUUCAACCUACUUGCUCAUUUUAUCAAGGGUGGCAUCUUUGUUUGGUAUGGCUUGCUCACUCUCGGACGAUGGUUGGGAGCCUUUGCAGAUCUGGGCUGGGCAUGGAAUUUGAAACCAACCAGAUCGGAGGUUGGCUGGAAAGCUCGUUUGCCUACUGCUGAAUUCACUGAAAGCUUCGUGAUCUUCUUGUAUGGAUGCAUCAACGUGUUCCUGGAGCAUCUGGCAGCUUGGGGAGAUGCGUGGUCAGCGCAGGAUUUUGAGCAUGUUUCUAUUUCUGUCAUGUUCUUUGGUGGUGGCCUGGCAGGCAUGCUCGUUGAAUCCAAGCAACUUCGCACAUUCCUCAACACCAGCAUUGACAUGAUGCCUACUCGAAACGACGUACAUCCCGAGCAGGCGCAUGAGAUACGCGAGGAGCCGAAGAGCUACAGUACUUCAGUCAACAUCAUGCCAGCUCUGGUCAUAUUGCUGUUGGGCAUCAUGAUGUCCUCGCACAAACAAGAUUCGAUGGUCGCGUCGAUGGUGCACAAGCAAUGGGGCACACUUCUCUCCGGAUUCGCUGUAUGCCGUGCACUCACCUAUGUGCUCACCUACCUUUCACCUCCUAAGUCGAUAUAUCCUUCACGUCCACCGACAGAGCUUGCGACAUCAUUCUGCCUCCUCUCUGGAGGUCUUAUCUUUAUGCUUAGCACUCACGAUAUUGUGCACUACAUGGACGUAUACAACCUCAUGCCGAUGUUUACCUUUACGGUCGUGAUGGGCUUUACAGCUUUCGUCAUGGCCUAUACCAUGUUCGUUGUCGGCUUGAAGGGUUGGGCUGCCCGACGUGAACACACAGGAUUGGUCAACAGAUACUAG